AUGGCCUCCGAUUCGAGACGCGCCGACGGCGAUGACGGCGUUUUAGCCUCCUCCGGCUAUGCACCAAACGAGCACCCGGACCACCAUCAGCCGGGAUCGCUAGACGACAAAUCCUCCGUAGCAUCGCGGCGUGACGAGGAGGCACACAGGGACACCGAUCAGGAUUCGCAGCUCUCAACCUCGCAGACGGCCACAUCCAACCAUCUCGCACUCGCACUCACUCCCAGCAGCGUCCCGCCUCCGCAGUCUCUGGCCGUCGAGAUCCCCUUCAUCUUCACUCUAUGCCUGGCUCAGCUGCUGGCCCAGGCCGGACUGGCUCAGUGCAUUGCUCCGUUGCACAUCAUCGGAAACAGCUUCGGCACGCAAGAUGCAGGGCAGCUGAGCUGGAUGCCUGCGGCCUACAGUCUCACCGUGGGCACCUUUAUCCUCAUUGCAGGCCGGUUGGGUGACCUCUUUGGCCACAAGACCAUCUUCAUCAUCGGCUUCACUUGGUAUGGCCUCUGGAGUGUGGUGGCCGGCGUGAGCGUCUGGUCCAGGUCCAUCAUCUUCUUCGACGUGUGCAGAGCCUUCCAGGGCAUGGGCCCUGCUUUUGCCGUGCCGUCAGCGGUGGCCAUCAUCGGCCGCACAUACCCUCCCGGCAGGAGAAAGGCGAUGAUAUUUAGCUUGUUUGGUGCCACUGCCCCCGGAGGAUUCGUUGUCGGUGCCGUCUUUGCGUCGCUCUUUGCCCAGUUCGUCUGGUGGCCUUGGGCAUACUUUGUCAUGGCCAUGGUCUGCGCCCUCGUGGCAACUGCUGGCUUUCUCGUUAUCCCAGCAACUCCCGGCGCCGCAACCCUACGCUCGCAGGCACCGCUCUGGAAGAUUAUCGAUGUCCCCGGUGCUGCCGCAGGCGUCACGGGGUUGGUUCUGAUCAAUUUUGCUUGGAAUCAAGCCCCUGUGGUGGGAUGGAGCACUCCAUACGUCUAUGUGCUCCUCAUUAUCGGCUUCCUCUUCCUAGGUCUUUUUGCUUUCAUCGAAUCACGAGCGACUUAUCCUCUCCUACCGACGAAGCUGUUCAACGGCCAUCUGGGCUUCGUGCUUGCUUGCAUAGCUGCCGGAUGGUCCAGCUUCGGCAUUUGGCUGCUCUACCUGUGGCAAAUCGUGGAAGAAAUCAGGGGAUAUAGUCCUCUCCAGGGCAGUGCCCAGUUUAGUGCGGCGGCCGUUUCAGGGGCUUGUGCUGCUUUUACGAGUGGCCUCAUUCUCGGAAAGCUGCGGCCGAGCUUUGUCAUGUUCAUGGCGAUGACGGCGUUCACUGUCGGGGGGAUCCUGGUAGCGACGGUGCCUGCUCAUCAAGUAUACUGGGCUCAGACUUUUGUUUCCGUCCUCGUUAUGCCUUGGGGGAUGGAUAUGUCUUUCCCAGCCGCGACCAUCAUCCUCAGCGAGGCUCUGCCGAAAGAACACCAAGGCCUUGCCGCAUCUCUCGUCAACACCGUCAUCAACUACUCCAUCUCCAUAGGCCUCGGCAUAGCAGGCACCGUGCAAUCACAAAUCAGCCCCGGAAAAUCCGAGCAAGAGAUUCUGAAGGGCUGCAGAAGCGCCUUCUACGUGGGUAUUGGCCUCAGCGGCCUCGGCAUGGUGGUAGCAACGCUCUUCAUCCUCGACGAGCACCGGAGGCAUCUCCGGCAACGUCGAAGCGGGGAGAAGCACAAUCACGAGAGUACGACUACGAAUGUAUAA